CUGUAUUCGAGACGUUUCUCCUCCGUUUCUAACCUCAACUUGUCGCUUCCCCUGUCAACAAUAGCAACAUUCACAAUUAAUUGACUAAAUUAGAAAAACCCAACAUGCCAAAAGUCCGUCGAAGCAAAAAAGCCCCUCCUGAGGGGUGGGAACUCAUCGAACCAACCCUCGAUGAGUUGGAACAAAAAAUGAGAGAAGCUGAAACUGAGUCCCACGAAGGCAAGAGGAAAAACGAAUCUCUGUGGCCCAUAUUUAAAAUCCACCACCAGAAGUCGCGAUACAUUUACGACUUGUUUUACAGACGAAAAGCGAUCAGUCGAGAGCUGUAUGAUUACUGCCUCACUGAAAACAUUGCCGAUAAAAAUUUAAUCGCCAAGUGGAAAAAACAAGGUUAUGAGAAUCUGUGUUGUCUAAGGUGUAUUCAGUCCAGGGACACAAAUUUUGGGACGAAUUGUAUUUGUAGGGUGCCCAAGGGCAAAUUAGAAGAGGGUCGCAUCGUCGAGUGCGUGCAUUGUGGAUGCCGAGGAUGUUCGGGGUAAACGGAUGGUUUUAUUAUUUUAAGGAUUGGUUUCAAUUUUUUUAAUAUGUAAUUGUAAAUAGCAAUAAAUAAAAUUAAGACAUCAGA